UCAGCCGUGUUCUAUGUCGCUACUCACUAGGGGACAAAGGCUGUGAGGUGAAGGCAGAGGAAAUAAUGUGCGGUGCCGUGAGUUACUGAGCAGCCAGCACCAGCACCAUGCUCCCGGCGCCCCUCACGCUCCUGGCGGCCGCGUGCCUCGCCGGGGAGGUGGCAGCAAACUACUGUGAGUGGGACCUGUGUGGCGGGGAACAGUACUGCUGUGGUGACAACCUGUGCUGCGACUAUGUCAACCACCACUGGUAUUUUUGGGUCGGCGUGGUGUUCAUGGUUCUCCUGGUGUCGGCUUGUGGUGGGCUCUUCCGCUACUACUACAACCGCUGGACAUCCAAGGGCUCCCUUCCACCAUACCUCCCUGCCCACAUCUCCCCUCAUGACUCCCACUUCAAGCUGACAGAUGACAGUGAGAAAGGCAGUAUGUAACAGCCACCUGCACCACCACUCAUCCCACACCUUCACCCACACCUCCUCUGCUGCUGGUAACACUCAAACACACACACACACACACACACUCUUCACUCUCCAGGAGCAGUAUUGGCCACUCCUACAGCAGCUGUGGUGUGCCAUGUACUGCAAGAGGGAGGAGGGAGUAUGGUGUGUUGUGGGAGGAGGAGUAGAGGUUGAGUGUGCUGUGUGUCAAAGUGUUUCUGCUGCGUGUGUGUGUUCUGUGACUACUUAUGAGGUUGUGUAGGCAUUGUGUGAGGGAGGUGGGUUGACUGUGGGAGGGAGAGAGGGAUCUUGUCGGAAGGAGAUACAAGGAGAGAUACAGGGAUGGGGAAACUAGUGUAAUGCAUAAAUUGUGGAUCAAAGGAUGGGUGCUCAGUGUCAGAAAGAUAUGAAAGAUAAAUUAAUAUUGAUGUAGAAGCAUGUAAGAGGGAAUGAAUGUUGUCACCACUACCACCACAUCACCCAUCCAUCACUACUACUACUACUACUACUACUAUUACCACCACCACCACCACCGUGAUCACCACUGCUGUCGUCCCUAUCAUUGCCUUGUCAUUUGCCACAUUCACUCCGGGCAUGGAAUAGGGAACACAUACAGUAUCAGUUUGCACAUUGGUGUGACAAAGGAACAAUUAUCACUCACUAAAGAAUUUUGUUACUCCUCCCCCUUUUAUUUUCUGCAUCACUGUGAUUCUGCCGUUUGUCUCUUAAUUAGUGUGGUGGUGAUACAUGAAACUAUACUUGGGUGUAUACUGUGUUUUUAUUAUUUAUAUUAUCAAUACCAUGUCUUCUUUUUAGGGUGGGAUGAGAAUGAGUGAAUGUGUGUGUGUGUGUGUGUGUGUGUGUGUGUGUGUGUGUGUGUGUGUGUGUGUGUGUGUGUGUUCUCAAGGGAUUCUUCCAAGUGGGUAAGAGGAGCCUAUAUAGUUUACAUGAUCAAGUCCUCCAUAAGUGUUGUGUGAAUUCCUUGGGCUGGACAGUUUGCAUUAGUCCUCCAUAACCAGCUACUCAUGUUGCAUUUCCUUCAAGCUUGAGUAGUUUGCAAGAGUCAUCCAUAAACUACUAGUGUGUGUUUGUCUGGGAAGUGGAUGGUGUGACUGAAGCCCUCCACUGGCAUGUACUGUGUGUUGUUGCUGUUGUUGCUUAAGGAUCGGAUUGUUUGCAAGAUGCUCCUCUUCGUCAUUGUUGUGUGUGUGUUGUGUUGACUGUUUAAGGAGGAUAUGCUUUGGAAAUUUUCAGACUGAAUUGAAUGUGAAAGUUGUGUGUCAUUAACUUGUAUCUUGAGAAAAUUAUUGACUGAACUCUUGGUGAAAUUCAUUGAUUAAUGAGUUGUAUCUUCAGAAAAUUACAGUGUUCAUGGUUUGUGAAAAUCAUACAUCAGGAAGUAGUAUGUUUAGAAAAUUUGAGUUAAUUCUUUAUGAGAUUCAUACAAUUGUGAGUUGUAUCCUCAGAGAAGUAAAUAAUUAAUUAUCUAUGAAAUCUAUGCAUGAGUGAGUCAUAUUCGGUAAACUAGUGAAUUCUUUGUGAAAGUUAUAAGUCAGUGAAAAAUAUCUUCAGAAAAUUAUGACUCAUAUUCUCUGUGGAAAUCAUACAUCAAAGAGUUGUGCAUUUAUUCAGAAAUGGGAUUACUCAUAAAAGUCCCAUGUGUGUAUUGAAAGAGAUGAUGUUUUGUGGCAAAUUGCAGCAGAUUCAGCAAAGGAUGGGACAUGAUAAAAAGUCCCUCACCAGUGUUUAAAAUGUGUUCUGUGAAAGGCUUUGUGUUCUACAAAUAUUCCACCAUUAGGGCUCCAGUGUUCUUAAAAGCUGAAAGUGAUUUAUAAAUGGUCCCUUAUUGGUAAAUGUGUUUAAGUACAGAGAAAACUACAUGAUUCAUAAAAUAAGCAUAUCAGAAAGACUAGGAAUGGCACUCUCAAACCCUUCAUGUUCUACCCUCGUCAAUUUUAAACAGGCUCAAGUGGAUGUUACAGGAUGGUUUUCUUAUGAUGAUAAAAUAACAAGGAUUCUGUCCUCUAAGUGAAAAAACAACACAAGAACCCCAACUGAUCACCUGUGGUCUUUGAAAAUAGUCCUUGUGAGAGCCUCAAGCAUAAAUAUAGACUACAAUGAUUUGAUUUACAUAUAUGCACAAAUUCCACCAGUGUACCCUUGUAAUGCAUAAGGACUGGAGAAUGAGAACAGCACAGGAAUUACAACACAAGUAUUACAUACCUCGACAUGUCCAUGCACCGGCUGCUUUACCUCGUCUCCAGCACCCAGAGGCAUCAGCAGCAUCGUCAGUACCACCCCCUAGAUGCACACUAAGGCCUGUAUUCUGAAAUACUCCUGUGCUACACCUCCACUACUUUCAAAAAGCUCUACUAUUUUAAAGUUGUUUUUAUGUUCUAGUGACAGAUUAUCAAGAUUUCUACAUUACGGUGACAGAUUAACAAGAUUUCUACAUUACUAACAGGAGAAAUACUCUUGAGAAACUGGCUAAUUAUCUCUUUGGCAUUUGAAAAUAGUUGUGGUGAGGGAGCAAAGAGUUUCUGAAUACGAGCCGAACAGUCAGGGCUAGAAAAUCCAUCUUGUAUCCCAUAGUAGUUCUUCCUUUUGCUGUGACCUGGCAGACCAAAAGCCACAGCCUCAUUCAUCUCAUCCUAGGCAGGGUGGGACGGAGGGAAGGGGUGAUUAGGAUACAUGAGAUUAAAGAGUGGAAAGGAGAAUAGCAGGAUUGAUUAGAUGGGAUACAGAGGGAAAAGGGAUGAAAGGGAGAAGGGAAGGAUGUUAAAGAGAUAUGGAUAAGAACAGUGGAUAGGAUAGGAGAUUUUGGAUAGGGGACAGUGAAGAGGAUGGUGGGGAAGAUGAUAAUAGGAGAAAGUUAGUGAAAGAUGAAUAGGAAAUGCAGAGAAAUACAAGAGGGAAGAGAAAGAAGAGGGAAACAAAAUGAAAGAUCAGGAAUAGAGAAGUUAGUGUAAAUAGAAAAAUAGGAAGAGGAUAGUAAGUGUAAAAGAGGGAAAGAUGUAAAAAGAGAAAGAGAAGAGGUUAAGACAGAGAAGGCUAAAUAGGCUGUGUAGGUUAGGGAAGGUAUGCAUUCUGAACACACCCCAAACAGAAGCUUCCAUUGUGAGUCAGCCGAGGCAAAGGCAGGACAAGGGAGGUCACAUUUUGGGUGUUGCCUCAGAGUCAUGCCUGUCACACUCUGGGGAAGGAAUCUUUUUUACAUUACAUUGUUGUUUAUUCAUCAUUACCAUUGCAUUUUUUAGAAUUAUUACCUGGAGAUUGUACAUUGCGGUUAGGUUAGUUUAGUCUAUAGGCAGAAAUAAUUAUGGGCAUGAUGUAUAAUGACGAUUCAUACAUACAUAUACCAAGGUUGUCUCCCUCCAAAAAAAAAAAAGGAGUAGCCAAGACAAGGCAUACAUAUUCACAUUCACAUCACUCUCUAUGUGACAGUGAAAUACAUAAUGUCACCAGGAGCAUGGGUAUGUUGUCUUAUCUGCCAGACACAAACAGGCAUAAUUCUGACAGCUUACCACGUCUUGCCCUGCCUUGCUCCACGCUGCCCCACGUCACUCAUUACAUGUGUUUCUGGCCAAUAUCCUGCACUUCCUUCUCAUUGCUGUAGUUGUUCUUGGGAUCAGGUUGUGAGGGAGGAGAGGAGAGGGAAGGGGAUGUGAGGUAGUGGGUAGAGAGAGGGAGGAGGAGGAAAGAGGGAAGUAUGUGUGUGUGUGUGUGUGUGUGACCUGUGUAUUACUUAUCAAAGUGUUAUUUGAAAGGGUUUAGAGUUCACAAGUAUUCAUUUAUGCUGUUAUUUAUCUAUUAUUCCAUUUAUUUUACAUUUCUCUCUCUCUCUCUCUCUCUCUCUCUCUCUCUCUCUCUCUCUCUCUCUCUCUCUCUCUCUCUCUCUCUCUCUCUCUCUCUCUCUCUCUCUCUCUCUCAUAUCUGCCAUGGAUUAGGUUGUGCGUGUAAUUGUACGUAAUUCUAAUUGAUAAUGAUAGUAAUAAUAAUGAUAAUGAUAUUUAAUAAUAACCAUUAAUUAUUCUGCAGUUCAGCCAUUUUCCAGGGACUUGUGGGUUGUUUAGCACAGGUUGUGAUGGAGAGGUGUGUGUGUGUGUGUGUGUGUGUGUGUGUGUGUGUGUGUGUGAGCAAGUGAAACCAUUUUUGUCUUGUAGCUGGAGAGAGAGAGAGAGAGAGAGAGAGAGAGUUAAGGCAGAGAGAGGAGAGAGAUAGGGAACCUUGAGUGCAAUAAGGGUCAUUAGUUAGUGAGUGUCUUCACCAUUGGAAUGGUAACUUUAAGAAAAGUCUGUCUUCACUUAACUGUGUCGUGAUUUCGGAAAACCGCCAAUCUUUCAAGAACUAUUUGAUGUACUGUGGUCUAUUUAACAUAUCAUUACCUUGAGAAUCCUUUACUAAAUGUGAUGUAAACCCUCCAAAAAAAAAUGUAUCGUUUAUUAUUUUCUUCUGUCACUUUAUUUACGGUCAACUCAUUUGUAUUUCUUUUCAUCAAGUGAUGAUUGCAAUGCCUCAAGUUGUCAUGCUAGGAAAUUCCAUUAGAACAUUGCUAUUAGUCAGUCUAGCGUGACAGUAAGGAGGCGAGGAUUUAGGAUGAGUUGGGUGGAGUGAAAUGGGAAGGGCUCGGUUGUGUGUAGGUUAAAAUUAGUACCCUGAAGAAGCUUUAAGAUAUUGUAACAACCACACCAUAUCAUUACCAUACACUGGAGGAAGGGGAGAGGGAGGGAAGAAGGGGAAGGGUCAAGUAGUGAGGUCUUAGGAGCAAUAAUCUUGAUUGCAUAUAACUAGGCUUGGUAAAGUUGUCCCUCUUAUUAGGGUUCAUAUUAAUAAUUAGGUGGUAAUUAGGUAACAAAUUAGGUUUGUGCAUUAGGCUUCCAUCUAUAGUGUGGGCUAUAAUAGUGGCUGUUGUUGGUGAUAGUUAUGAGGACAGCUGGCAGGCCAAAGAGUGGCAAUGGUUGUGUCGAGGUGCGAGGGAAGUUUUUGUGAGUUAAAGGAUGGUGUGUGUGUGUGUGUGUGUGUGUGUGUGUGUGUGUGUGUGUGUGUGUGUAUGUGUGUGUAAGCAGUAAGAAUGAAAAAAGUAAGCAUGUCACAAAGUUUGGCUUGCAUAACACACUACCUUGGCCAAUAAAGAUGAAUAUUUCAAAGGUGUGGAAGUCUUGGGUUUUCACAUACUAAUGCCAAGAGUCACUUCACCAGUCAGUCAGUCAGUCAGUCAGUCAGUGAGCCGAGUCCCUCCCUCCUUCCCUCCUCUCCAGCCAAACACUUACGCGAAUUAUUCAAAGUUGAUAUUUUUUAUAUGACUGAUUUACCAUAGGAAGUGUAGAAUAUUAUAACAAAAAAUAAAAGAAUGUAUGUGUAUAUAUUUUUACCUUGAGUUUACUGCAGCAGCAAAUCUGUCGGGAUUAUUAAUAUGGGACUUUUAAUAAAAAAUGUGAUAAACUAGA